AAACUACGCAUGCCCAGUAGAGUCACGUCCAAGUCGUUCGUGCACGGAUAUACUUCUCAUUACUUCCAUCCAUAGUACGGUGACGGGUCUCUAGCAGCCUGACACAGGAGAGAGAGAGCGGCUGGAGGCAGUUAAGGGAGGGGGGCAGCAGCAGCAGCAGCAGCAGCAGCAGUCAGUCGAUGCUGGUGACGCAGGAAAAACACCCGACAGCAGACAAUAAACCAAUGAUCUGAUCGCAAGACGGCCGUGUUAUUUAUAAUCGAGACAGCCAAGCGUAUGCACACGGCGGAGAAAAUAUUUAACAGCACUUAAAUGAUCAAAUCUGGGGUCGUAUGGAGGAAAGAUCCAGUUUGAUUCUGGGUUAUGCAAUGGUCUCUGCAACAUAUCCAGUCCCCCAGGUGGUGCUUUCACUUUCAGAAGUGUGCCGGUUCUCCGUCGCUCCUGAGGAGACACUGAUUUCUUCCGGUGUACCAGCGACAUAAGCAGACAAGAUUGCAAAGAUCUGCCCCGUGUCGAGUAUGACGGCCACGACCCGUGGCUCCCCUGUGGGAGGGAAUGAUGGUCAGGGCCAGGCUCCGGAUGGCCAGUCCCAGCCUCCCCUGCCCCAGAACCAGACAUCCUCUCCCAACUCAUCCAAUGAGAACUCCCCAGUGAGCCCUCCAGAUGACCAGGGUCAGGGGGACAGUCCCGCUCCUUUGGAGGAGGAGGAGCCAGCUUUUCCCCACACUGAACUGGCCAAGCUGGAUGACAUGAUCAACAGACCUCGUUGGGUUGUUCCAGUUUUGCCAAAGGGCGAAUUAGAAGUUCUUCUUGAAGCUGCUAUAGAUCUUUGUAAAAAAGGUCUUGAUGUCAAGUGUGAAGCCUGCCAGAGGUUUUUCAGAGAUGGGCUGACAAUAUCCUUUACGAAAAUACUGACAGAUGAGGCUGUAAGCGGAUGGAAAUUUGAGAUCCAUCGGUGCAUCAUUAAUAAUGCCCACCGACUGGUGGAGCUGUGUGUGACCAAGCUCUCUCAGGACUGGUUCCCUCUGCUAGAACUACUAGCCAUGGCCACCAACCCCCACUGUAAAUUUCACAUCUACAAUGGUACUCGGCCCUCGGAGACUGUGCCUGCCGGGGUUCAGCUGGCUGAGGAUGAGCUGUUCGCCCGUCCACCUGACCCUCGUUCUCCAAAGGGCUGGUUGGUGGACUUAAUAAACAAAUUUGGCACAUUAAACGGGUUUCAAAUUCUGCAUGAUCGAUUCAUGAGUGGCCAAGCUCUGAAUGUUCAGAUCAUUGCUGCACUCAUUAAGCCUUUUGGACAGUGCUAUGAGUUUCUCACUUUGCACACAGUGAAGAAGUACUUCCUUCCCAUCAUAGAAAUGGUUCCUCAGUUUCUAGAAAACCUCACUGAUGAGGAAUUGAAAAAGGAGGCCAAGAACGAAGCCAAAAAUGAUGCCCUGUCUAUGAUAAUCAAAUCGUUGAAGAACCUGGCCUCUCGAGUACCAGGACAAGAAGAAACCGUGAAGAAUUUAGAGAUAUUUAGGUUAAAAAUGAUUCUUAGGUUAUUGCAGAUUUCUUCUUUUAAUGGUAAAAUGAAUGCACUAAAUGAAGUAAACAAGGUGAUCUCGAGUGUGUCCUAUUACACUCAUCGCCACGGCAAUCCCGAAGAGGAGGAGUGGCUUACAGCAGAACGCAUGGCAGAAUGGAUUCAGCAGAACAAUAUUUUGUCUAUUGUGCUGCGAGACAGCCUUCAUCAGCCACAGUAUGUGGAGAAACUAGAGAAGAUCCUGCGCUUCGUCAUCAAAGAAAAGGCCCUGACGCUGCAGGACCUGGACAACAUCUGGGCUGCUCAGGCUGGGAAGCAUGAGGCUAUCGUCAAGAAUGUUCAUGAUCUCCUUGCUAAACUGGCUUGGGAUUUCUCACCUGAACAGCUGGACCAUCUCUUCGACUGCUUCAAGGAGAGCUGGACUAACGCAAGUAAAAAGCAGAGGGAGAAAUUAUUAGAAUUGAUUCGUCGACUAGCAGAGGAUGACAAGGAUGGCGUGAUGGCUCACAAAGUGCUCAAUCUGCUGUGGAAUCUGGCCCAUAGUGAUGAUGUUCCUGUGGAUAUUAUGGACCAGGCCCUUAGUGCUCAUAUCAAAAUUUUGGACUAUAGCUGCUCACAGGACAGAGAUACUCAGAAGAUGCAAUGGAUAGAUCGAUUUAUAGAAGAAUUGAGAACAAAUGACAAAUGGGUUAUUCCUGCACUGAAACAAAUUCGGGAGAUCUGCAGCCUUUUUGGAGAAGCCCCCCAGAACUUAAGAAAGAAAAAACCUAUAAACGUACUAAAGAACUUAGAGGGUCAAACGCAGAGGAGCCCACAUGUGUUCUAUCGGCACGACCUGAUAAACCAACUACAGCACAACCAUGCUCUGGUCACUCUUGUAGCAGAGAACCUGUCAGCAUACAUGGAGAAUAUGAGGCAGUUUUCUAAAGCAGAGCACACGGACUUUGAUCCUCAGACGGUUAGGCCAGGAAGUCGGUAUAGUCAUGUGCAGGAGGUCCAGGAACGACUCAAUUUCUUGAGAUUCUUACUUAAAGAUGGUCAGCUCUGGUUAUGUGCGCCUCAGGCCAAGCAGAUCUGGAAGUGCCUGGCGGAGAACGCAGUGUUCUUGUGUGAUCGGGAGGCCUGCUUCAAAUGGUACUCCAAACUCAUGGGGGAUGAGCCGGACCUUGACCCCGACAUCAACAAGGACUUCUUUGAGAACAACGUGCUGCAGCUUGAUCCCUCGCUGCUGACUGAGAACGGCAUGAAGUGCUUUGAACGAUUCUUUAAAGCGGUCAACUGCAGGGAGGGCAAACUGGUGGCGAAACGCCGGGCGUACAUGAUGGACGAUCUGGAGCUGAUAGGGCUGGAUUACCUGUGGAGGGUUGUGAUCCAAGGAAGUGAUGACAUUGCCACCAGAGCAAUUGACUUACUUAAAGAGAUUUACACAAACCUUGGACCAAAAUUACAAGCCAAUCAGGUAGAGAUCCAUGAGGAUUUCAUUCAGUCUUGUUUUGACCGGCUCAAAGCCUCCUAUGACACUCUGUGUGUGUUGGAUGGUGACAAAGACAGCAUUAACUGUGCCAGACAGGAGGCCAUCCGCAUGGUGCGAGUACUGACUGUACUCAGGGAGUAUAUAACUGAGUGUGACAGCGACUACCAUGAGGAGAGGACCAUACUGCCCAUGUCCAGGGCGUUCCGUGGAAAGCAUAUCACGCUAGUUGUGCGUUUCCCAAACCAAGGCCGGCAAGUUGAUGACCUGGAUAUUUGGUCUCACACAAAUGACACGAUUGGUUCCGUGCGACGCUGUAUUCUGAACCGAAUAAAGGCCAACAGCACGCACACCAAGAUCGAGCUGUUCAUCGGGGGAGAGAUCAUAGACCCAGCAGACGACAGGAAGCUAAUUGGGCAGCUAAACCUCAAAGACAAAACUCUUAUCACAGCCAAGCUCACCCAGGUCAGCGCCAAUAUGCCUUCCAGUCCAGACAGCUCCUCAGACUCCUCCACCGGCUCUCCAGGGAACCAUGGGAACCACUUCAGCGAUGGGCCAAACCCUGAAGUGGAAAGCUGUCUUCCGGGUGUGAUAAUGUCCCUGCACCUGCGCUACAUCUCGUUCCUCUGGCAAGUUGCGGAUCUGGGCUGUAAUCUCAACAUGCCUCUCCUACGGGAUGGAGCUCGCAUUCUAAUGAAGCUCAUGCCUCCAGAUAACACCACGGUAGAAAACCUGCGGGCUAUUUGUCUGGAUCAUGCCAAACUUGGAGAAAACAGCCUUAGCCCCACGUUGGACUCUCGUUUCUUUGGCCCAUCGCCGUCUCAAGUGCUUUACCUGAUAGAGGUGGUGUAUGCCUUGCUCAUGCCUGCUAGCGGAACAUUAGGCGAGGAUGCUUGUGACUUCCAGUACAACUUCUUGAAGAGUGGCGGCUUGCCGCUGGUUUUGAGCAUGCUCACCAGAAAUAACUUCCUGCCAAAUGCUGACAUGGAGACCCGACGGGGAGCGUAUCUCAACGCGCUAAAAAUAGCCAAACUUCUGCUCACAGCUGUAGGCUUUGGCCAUGUAAAGUCCGUAGCGGAGGCCUGCCAGCCUGUGGUGGAAGGGACUAUCCCUGUGUCGCCCAUAAACCAGGCCACUCAUGACCAGGCUAUAGUGCUCCAGAACGCCCUGCAGAACAUCCCUAACCCCUCUGCAGAGUGCAUGCUACGGAAUGUGGCCAUCCGCCUUGCCCAGCAGAUCUCUGAUGAGAACUUUUUCCAGGCCUCCAAGUACAUCCCGGAUAUCUGUGUCAUUCGAGCUGUUCAGAAGAUAGUGUGGGCUUCUGGAUGUGGCUCUGUCCAACACGUCUUCAGCUCGAACGAGGAGAUCAGCAAGAUCUACGAGAAGACCAAUGCGGGCAAUGAGCCGGAUGCAGAGGAUGAGCAGGUGUGCUGUGAAGCUCUGGAGGUCAUGACUCUUUGUUUCGCCCUCAUGCCCACUGCACUUGAUGCACUUAGCAAAGAGAAGGCCUGGCAGACCUUUAUUAUAGAUCUGCUGCUGCACUGCCAGAGCAAGUCUGUUCGUCAAAUGGCUCAGGAACAGUUCUUCCUCAUGGCCACCAGAUGUUGUAUGGGCCAUAGGCCUCUACUCUUCUUUAUCACCCUUCUCUUUACAGUUUUAGGUAGCACGGCAAAAGAGCGAGCGAAGCACGCCGCUGAUUACUUCACUCUUCUGAGGCACUUACUCAACUAUGCAUAUAAUAGCAACAUUAACCUUCCUAAUGCAGAAGUUCUCUUGAACAAUGAGAUUGACUGGUUAAAACGAAUCCGGGAUGAAGUUAAGAGGACUGGGGAGCCUGGGGUGGAGGAGACCAUUUUGGAAGGUCAUAUUGGUGUCACAAAAGAGCUGUUGGCCUUUCAGACCCCUGAGAAGAAGUACUACAUUGGUUGUGAAAAAGGAGGAGCGAGUCUCAUAAAGGAGUUAAUGGAUGACUUCCUGUUCCCAGCAUCUAAUGUCUAUCUUCAAUAUAUGAAGAGCGGAGAGUUCCCCACGGAGCAGGCCAUACCUGUGUGCAGCACCCCUGCCACUAUCAAUGCCGGCUUCGAACUGCUGGUCGCACUUGCCGUUGGAUGUGUGCGAAAUCUCAAGCAGAUUGUCGAUACCUUAACUGAUAUGUACUACUUAGGUUGUGAACCACUUACAGAAUGGGAGUACCUGCCACCGGUUGGUCCGCGGCCUACUAAGGGUUUUGUGGGCCUGAAAAAUGCAGGCGCGACUUGCUACAUGAACUCUGUGAUCCAGCAGCUCUACAUGAUUCCACCCAUCAGGAACGGCAUUUUGGCCAUCGAGGGCACAGGCAGUGAGGUGGAUGAUGACAUGUCUGGAGAUGAGAAACAAGAUAAUGAGACUAACGUGGAUCCACGGGAUGAGGUGUUUGGUUAUCAGCACCAGUUUGAAGACAAACCUUCACUCAGUAAAUCUGAGGACAGGAAGGAGUAUAACAUUGGGGUUCUGCGCCAGCUCCAGGUCAUCUUUGGGCAUUUGGCCGCCUCAAGAUUGCAGUACUUUGUGCCUAGAGGAUUCUGGAAACAAUUUCGAUUGUGGGGGGAACCAGUCAAUCUGAGGGAACAGCACGAUGCCCUAGAGUUCUUCAACUCAUUGGUGGACAGUUUAGAUGAAGCUUUGAAAGCAUUGGGUCACCCUGCCAUGCUGAGUAAAGUUCUGGGCGGCUCAUUUGCAGAUCAGAAAAUAUGUCAGGGCUGUCCUCACAGGUAUGAAUGUGAGGAAUCAUUUACGACGUUGAAUGUAGAUAUCCGAAACCAUCAGAAUCUCCUCGAUUCCAUGGAGCAAUAUGUGAAAGGGGACUUAUUGGAGGGUGCAAAUGCCUACCACUGUGAGAAAUGCAACAAGAAGGUGGACACAGUGAAGCGUUUACUCAUUAAGAAGCUGCCUCCGGUGCUGGCCAUCCAGCUCAAACGCUUCGAUUAUGACUGGGAACGAGAGUGUGCCAUCAAGUUCAAUGACUACUUUGAGUUCCCAAGGGAGUUGGACAUGGAACCCUACACAGUGGCUGGAGUAGCUAAGCUGGAGGGAUCUGAUGUGCAUCCAGAGAAUCAGGUGAUUCAACAGAACGAGCCUUCAGAGCCGGAACCCCCCUGCAGCUCCCGUUAUCGUUUGGUGGGCGUGUUGGUCCACUCGGGCCAGGCUAGCGGAGGUCACUACUACUCCUACAUCAUUCAGAGGAAUGGCAGCGGUGGUGAGGGAGAGAGGAACCGCUGGUACAAGUUUGACGACGGCGAUGUCACAGAGUGCAAGAUGGACGACGACGAGGAGAUGAAGAACCAGUGCUUCGGAGGAGAGUACAUGGGUGAGGUCUUCGACCACAUGAUGAAGCGCAUGUCCUACAGGAGACAGAAGCGCUGGUGGAACGCCUACAUUCUCUUUUACGAGCGCAUGGACACUCUGGACAAGGACAGCGAGCUGGUGAAAUACAUCACUGAGCUCACAGUGUCCAGUAAACCUCACCAGGUGAAAAUGCCGUCUGCUAUCGAACGCAGCGUGCGCAAACAGAACGUGCAGUUCAUGCACAACCGUAUGCAGUACAGCCUCGAGUACUUCCAGUUUAUAAGAAAACUGCUGACCUGUAACAGCGUGUACUUGAACUCACCGCCAGGUCAAGACCACCUUUUACCUGAAGCAGAAGAGAUGGCUAUGAUAAGUAUACAGCUCGCUGCUAGAUUUCUGUUUAGUACUGGAUUCCACACCAAGAAAAUAGUCAGAGGCCCUGCUAGUGAUUGGUAUGAUGCGCUGUGCAUCUUGCUUCGACACAGUAAGAACGUGCGUUACUGGUUUGCGCACAACGUCCUCUUCGCGUAUCCGAACCGCUUCUCAGAGUACCUGCUCGAGUGCCCCAGCGCUGAGGUACGAGGAGCCUUCUCUAAACUCAUCGUAUUCAUUGCACAUUUCUCCCUGCAAGAUGGACCUUGCCCUUCACCGAUUGCCUCACCUGGACCUUCAAGUCAGGGCUGUGACAACUUGAGUUUAAGUGAACAUCUGUUCCGUGCUGUGCUCAACCUGCUGAGGAGGGAAGUGUCUGAACACGGCCGUCACUUGCAGCAGUACUUUAACCUCUUCGUUAUGUACGCCAACCUUGGUUUAGCAGAGAAGACACAGCUCCUGAAGCUCGGUGUGCCAGCCACCUUCAUGCUUGUGGCUCUGGAUGAGGGUCCUGGGCCUCCAAUCAAGUACCAGUACGCUGAACUGGGAAAGCUCUAUACUGUAGUGUCGCAGCUCAUCCGCUGUUGUGAUGUAACAACGCGUAUGCAGUCUUCAAUCAACGGUAACCCUGCCCUACCAAACCCAUAUGGUGACCCCAACAUCACAGCUCCCAUCAUGCCUCUGCAGCAGAUGGUGGUCGACAUCCUGUUUGUGCGCACCAGCUAUGUAAAGAAGAUUAUCGAGGACUGCAGUAACUCUGAGGACACCAUCAAACUGCUGAGGUUCUGCUGUUGGGAGAACCCUCAGUUUUCAUCCACUGUGCUAAGUGAACUCCUGUGGCAGGUGGCGUAUUCCUACACGUAUGAGUUAAGGCCUUACUUGGACUUGCUUCUCCAAAUCCUGUUCAUAGAGGACUCAUGGCAGACUCACAGGAUCCACAACGUGCUAAAGGGAAUUCCUGAUGACCGUGAUGGGCUUUUCGACACCAUUCAACGCUCCAAAAACCACUACCAAAAGAGAGCUUAUCAGUGUAUCAAAUGCAUGGUGGCUCUGUUCAGUAACUGCUCUGUGGCCUAUCAGAUUCUGCAGAGUAAUGGUGAUCUAAAGAGGAAGUGGACAUGGGCGGUUGAGUGGCUCGGGGAUGAGUUGGAACGAAGGCCGUACACUGGCAAUACCCAGUACACGUAUAACAACUGGUCCCCUCCUGUCCAGAGCAACGAGACGUCUAACGGAUAUUUCCUGGAGCGUUCUCACAGUGCCCGCAUGACUUUAGCCAAGGCCUGCGAGUUGUGCCCGGAGGAGUGUCACUUAACGAAGCACGAGGCGGUAUCUGAAGAGGACGCAGGCCGGAACCCGUCCUCUGCACAGCAACUUUUGCCAGGGGAAGUGACAGGCCAGCCACAGCAAACCGAGCCUGAUGAGCAGGAGGGACUCGAUGAGCCGGAAACUUCUCCACCGGAGGACACCGCUCUGUACCCUCAUUCUCCAGGCACAAAAUUUCAACAACAGCAGAAUAACCUCCCACAUACGCAGCCAUACACCGGCCCCGCAGCACAACAUGUCAACAACCCUCAGCGUCCAGGCCCACGAGCACAAGAGAACUGGGAGCCCACUGAGGAAGUGCCGCCGAGCCAGACUAAAGACUAACAAUAUGUUCUCCCACUGUCCUCCAUCUGAGUUCUCCAGCGAGAUACUCGAAUCCAGAGCAAGGCCAGGCCCCACCAUGCCGCUCCACUCCAGAGCCCGUGUAACCAGAACAUUCAGCUUCCCUCAAUUUCUAACCCUGGAGUGGAGCCCUCUCACUGUCUGCUCUGCAGUAUUAACUGUCAAAAGUGUAACUUGCGGUGGACUGUGCAUAUUGUUUGUAAUAAAACGGGCCUGACGCACUUGUCUCAUGACAAAGGUGUACAUACUAUGUUAAUGUUUUGACUGUUCGAAAACAACAGCACUUGAGGUUGUUCGGAGACCGCGCAGAUUCAUGAAAAUGGCAAAAACAAACAAAAAAGAUGCAAAUGUUGAAAGACAAAAAACAGUUUUAUCCCAUGCUCCGUAGUAAGGUUUGGGCCGUUUGGGUCAUUCUGCUUUUCAUCAUUACAUUAUAUUCACGUCGAAGCUUAACGGGCAAUGGCACCUGGUGAGCGAGAGUUGGCCAUGGAGUGUGAACGAUGGGAGGGUUGGUUGAUCUUCAUAAUGUUUAGUUGAUGUGAAUGGGGUGAUGCAACUUUGUUCUGAAAAUUCCUAUCGCCUUUUUUCUUCUGGUAAUAAUUCAGUCAUUUGAAGGCUUCAGCUGACACGCUGUAACAUCUUAGCAUGGCUUCACAUCGAACUAGUAUAGCCGAAGGGAAACUCCGUGAUUUCUUUCUCCACAGCUGUUCAGAAGAGCUCUUUCGUUGGCCCCCCUUCAUACGCUCUUCUAGAUUUGAUGUAAGAAAUGAGUGGCUUUACAAUUGCACACGUUUCCUCUGAUAAAUAUUUGUCUGUCGCUUAGUUUUUGAUGAUAGGAAUUUUAGAGAGAGAAAAUAUAUGCAACCGUUUGCUACGCCAGGAUGCCUGGAACCUUUGCGGACUAAACUGGGUUUGCUUAUUUGUCUCUCUUUGGUUGAACCUUGCGCAAGACAAAUGACCUCCUGGCAGUUUAGUUGCCUGCUCCCUGAUCACAUUUGUGUACUCAGUGUGGGGACUCUUCAUUUAAGGAGAAUAAACGUAAAGCAGGGUUGUAUCAUAAAAUAACUGCUGGUUAGUCAUGUUGCAACUACAGUUAGUAAAGUUUCUUGGAUAAAGGAGUAAACAUCGGUAGAUACAGUAUGUAUUUAAUUGGUAACUUGAAUGCUUUUUUUCCUUGGAUUUUGUUGGAAAAAUACCAAAUACUCCUGCAAAUGAAAAUAUUCUGCCCAUCAUAUAUUUAAAUAUUUUGCUGUUUUAUUUUAUAGAAUUUAUUUUGUUGUAUUUCACUAAAAGAAUAAUAGAAUUUGAUUUAAGAGGAACAUUUUUGUCCUUGUGUUAUUUUUAAAGAUUAUUGACUGUACAGAGUUCUUCGCCCUGUUUUUUGCCGACUUUUGUUUUGGCCAUGAUGUGACGUUGAAUUCUGAAGCCACAGUCACAAUGUUGACUUUCACUUUGUGAGGUUUUUGUGCACAGAAAUAUUAGAGAAAAGCAUUGCGCCCUUCAAGAAUAAAGACAAAGAAAUCAGGAAA